GGAUUGCGGCAAUCGAUUUUCCAUUCGUCUCACAACCAUGAAGCCUUCAGGGCUGCCAGCUGAUGCCUGAGCCAAGGCCCGUGGGCGAGGCCGACCAGGCCGAGCAGGCCAACCAGGAGCUACUGGAGCUUAAGGCUUUGUGCGAAGCACAGGCAGAACGCAUCGCUGAGCUGGAGACCACAUGCUCGCGCCAGGAGGCUCGCAUCCGGGAGCUGGAAGAGCUGGAGCUGCAAGCUUUGCAAGGCCCAGGUGAGUCUCAGCACUGCAACGGCGCAAACGCGCGACCUGCGGAGCAGGUCUUCAGCUCAGUGGAUAGCCUGCACAGGCCAGAUCCACGCCAGUCAGGCCGCGGGGAAAGGUCGCCACCAGAGCUGAGCCCACGGCUAGGGCAUCUUGAAAGCUUAUCCUCAGCCGCCAGAGCAGCAGGUGCAGUCCCGGCUCCGUCGGAGCACCUGAGGCGCGCACAGGAAUUGGCUGAAGCAGCAGCUAAGACCCGAAUGCUGGCACCCUGCGCAGGAGCCCUGGUUUCGCCUCGCCAAGCCUUUCGACAGGAGCCCAGCCAGGUGCCUCUGCCAACGAGGCUGGCGUGGUCUGUCCAGGACCGCGCAAGCUUGCUGCUGCCUUCCAGGGUGAUUGCGCCGCCAACUCCCGCCUCGCCCUCACCAGCAGGCUCCAUGUUGGUUCCCGGCCGCAUUCAGGCCGCAGAAUGGAGCCCAGGGCCGCAGGGCAGGACCCUCCAUGGCGGCUCGCUGCACACGUUGCCUGGUCAGCAAGUCGCCGCAACGCUGCGCCUGCCACCAAGGAUUGCUCCAGCUGCGCCGGUCAAGAGCAUUCGUGUGCUGCAACCGGGAGAGGUGGCCGACUCGUCAGUUUCGCUUCUGUACCAUGGCAUGGCUCAGGUGAAGGCGAGCCCUCGCUUCGAGGUGCGGUCCUUCUCGCCCGGCUUGAAGGCUGAGAAGGACUGGGGUGAUUUGAAGGCUGGACCAGGUGGAGUUGGAAGCCCUCCGCAGCCGCAAGAGCGCGGCGUUGGGAUGCUUUCUUGCACAUUGAGCGCUUCAGGCGCGACCUGCUAGAACGAAAUUGCUAGCGAAUGAUUCAUGAAUGUAUAUUUAGCAAAUGUGCUGAUCCUGAAAGGAUGC